CUCGUACCGUUAUAUCGGGCGUCAGCCGCUUCCUGUUGACAGUGUUCAGCUUCGUGCCCGAGGGACAUUCCACGAGGGCAAGAGAGAGAAACAGAGGAGAGAGAAAGAGAGGAGCCAGAGAGAAACAAAGGAGCUAGAGAGAGAAACCUCCCGUUUUCGGAAAAAAUAUUACUCAAGGGGGGUAAGUUACUGUUGGAGAGGAGUGCAAUGAACACUCCCGACCAGAACCUCUCUCCUCUCUCUCUCCUCCCCUGAAAACCUCUUUCUUCAUUUCUUCUUCUCCAUCGAAACCCUCUCUCUCCUCGAACCAGCAACCAGAAUCACAAAAAGGAAAACUUCGAAACCCUCCAUUUAUGGCGGAUUUCCUCGAACUCGAAGCACAAGAUGGCAUCAGAAUGCCAUGGAAUGUCUGGCCUGGCACCAAACCAGAGGCCUCAGCCUGUGUAAUUCCCACAUCUGCAAUUUACACCCCACUAAACCCUAACCCUAAUCUCCCUCUUCUCCCUUAUCAGCCUUUACGUUGCAGGACUUGCAGAUCGAUUCUAAACCCUUUUGCCAUAGUUGAUUUUCAGGCCAAGAUCUGGGCAUGCCCCUUCUGUUACCAAAGAAACCACUUUCCUCCUCAUUAUGCCUCCAUUACUGAUACUAACUUACCAGCUGAGCUUUUUCCUCAGUACACAACAGUGGAGUAUGAAACCCUAGACCCUGGAGUUGGAGCCAUACCUCCUGUUUUCCUUUUUCUGAUCGAUAUAUGUGUGAUUGAGGAAGAAUUAGGUUAUUUGAAGUCUGCUUUGUCCCAGGCAGUUGGGCUUUUGCCUGAAAACUCCAUGGUUGGUCUUGUCACCUUUGGAUCUUAUGUUAACGUCCAUGAAUUAGGUUUUGGGCAUAUGCCCAAGUCCUAUGUGUUUAGGGGAUCGAAGGGGGCUACAAAGGAGAUUGUCAUGGAGCAAUUGGGGUUUUUUGUGCAGAAGCCAAAACCAAUUGGGGGGGUAAUCGGUGGGGUUAGAGAUGGUGUUUCUCCUCAGAUGAUUCAAAGGUUUCUUGUACCUGCUUCAGAUUGCGAAUUUGCAAUAAAUACGGUUUUGGAGGAGUUGGAGAAGGAUCUAUGGGGUGUUCCUGCAGAGGAGAGGGCAGCGAGGUGCACUGGCACUGCUUUAAGUGUGGCUGCUGGUUUGUUGGGUGCUUGUGUGCCUGGCUCUAGUGCAAGGAUAAUGGCCUUUAUUGGUGGCCCCUCAACUGAAGGGCCAGGCGCUAUUGUAACAAAGAGUUUGUCUGAGCCGAUUCGCUCCCACAAGGACCUUGAUAAAGAUUCUGCCCCUCUUUAUCACAAGGCUGUUAAGUUCUAUGAAGGUCUUUCAAAGCAGCUUGUGAAUCAGGGUCAUGUUCUUGAUCUGUUUGCGUGCGCACUUGACCAGGUUGGAGUGGCAGAGCUUAAAGUUGCUGUAGAAAGGACUGGGGGGCUCGUUGUGCUGGCAGAGAGCUUUGGCCAUUCUGUUUUCAAGGAAUCUCUGAAACGAGUCUUUCAGUCCACGGACUAUGACCUAGGUCUCUCAUUCAAUGGUAUAUUUGAAGUGAACUGCUCAAAGGAUGUCAAGAUACAAGGCAUAAUUGGUCCCUGUGCAUCUCUUGAAAAGAAUGGUCCUUUGUGCUCUGAUUUAGCUAUUGGUCAGGGCAGUACUAGUGCCUGGAAGAUGUGUGGUCUCGAUAAGAAAACUUCUUUUUGCAUGCUAUUUGAGAUUGUGCAAAAGGAAAUUCCAAGUGCAAUUGGUCAAUCCAUGAGCAAUCAGUUCUACUUCCAGUUCUUAACCUAUUACCAACAUAGCAGUGGGCAGAUGAGAACUCGUGUGACAACAGUUUCUAGAAGAUGGGUGGCUGGACCAGGUAGUCUACAGGAGUUUAUUGCUGGAUUUGAUCAAGAAACAGCUGUUGUAGUGAUGGCGCGAUUGGUAUCACUAAAGAUGGAAACUGAGGCUGAUUUCGAUGCCAUUCGGUGGCUUGAUAGGUCAUUGAUACGUUUAUGUUCAAAGUUUGGAGACUAUCAGAAAGAUAGCCCUUCAUCUUUCAGCUUAUCUCCUCGUUUUUCAAUCUUCCCUCAGUUUAUUUUUAAUUUGCGUCGCUCUCAGUUUGUCCAGGUUUUUAACAACAGUCCUGAUGAAACUGCUUAUUUUCGCAUGGUUCUGAAUCGAGAGAAUGUGACCAACUCAGUUGUAAUGAUUCAGCCUUCAUUAAUAUCUUAUUCCUUUCACUCGGGCCCUGAACCGGCCCUCCUUGAUGUUGCCUCCAUUGCUGCUGAUAGAAUCCUUCUUUUAGAUUCCUAUUUUACUGUUGUAAUAUUUCAUGGGGUUACUGUUGCUCAAUGGCGAAAUGCUGGUUACCAGAACCAAGAAGAGCACAAGAUUUUUGCCCUAUUAUUACAAGCUCCUCGAGAUGAAGCAGAUACUAUUAUAAAGGAACGAUUUCCUGUUCCUCGCUUGGUCAUUUGUGACCAACAUGGUUCCCAGGCUCGUUUCCUCUUGGUGAAAUUGAAUCCUUCUGCAACCUACAAUUCUGAUGCGCGUCCACCAGGAGGUGAUAUUAUUUUCACUGAUGAUGUAAGUUUUGAAGUUUUCAUGGAUCAUCUUCAGCGGCUUGCUGUACAGUGAUUGAUGGUACGACCCCAUAAUCCAUUUUUGUAGUGUUAUGCUUAUUGGUGUGAUUGUAUAGUAAAGAAUGCUUCAUUAUCUCGCAUGUCCAUUGGUUCCUUUUGUAUUUUUCUCCGUAUCUUCCUCUAAUAUCGUUUCUUGGGGGCUGCAAAUUGUCUUGUACAAACUGUGCAGGUUUAGUUAUUUUAUUUAAUAAAGGUUAGAUCUAGUUAAGGCUUUGAUUGAGAAGGAAUGACUAAUACCAUCCUAAGAAGGAUUAGCAUUGUUCUUGGGAAGUUAGAUGAAUCUUAAUAUUAUUACCGUUAAGGUAGAGACAUCGGAUGGUUCGAAUCUACUAUUACCCUUUGUUAGACUCCGUCUGUCCUAAGACAAGUGAAUUUAGAUGGUUUUGAUUGCUGU